AUGGAUUUGUCGUCCCCGCAGGUCCUGCAGCCGCUGCGAAUCAUGCAACAGGCCCCGCCACAAUCGCUAACUAUGCCCUCGUCCCAGCCUCUAGUUUCGCCACCACCGACCAUGCUUUCCGCCCAGCCUCUGGUCAAGCCUCAGCCGCCGCCGCCGCAAAUCAUGCCCUCGCUCCAGCCUCUGAUUUCGCCGCCGCCGCCGCUAACACUGGCUCCGCCUCCGCCUCUGAUUACGCAGCCGCUGCAGACUGCGCCGCUAGCAUCAACCUCUGCUGUUACAUCCAGCUUCCACAACGAACUUGCCGCCCGCUCUUCAGCAGUUAUCAACGCCAACCAACAACCGACAAGACCUACUGUUAAUUUUAUACCAUACCCGACCAGUUUUACCGUAACCGAAGGAAAUCAUAUUAACGUUUAUGGACCUAGUCCACCACUGCUUGAUCAGCAGCUUACACGGGCAGCCUACCCGUAUCCUCACAACCUGUCGUGGCCUCCGUUCCAUCCCAACCAGCUGACGGUGCCUUCCGUAUACCAGUACAUGCCGCUGUACAGUCGGAUGCCAGAGUUCAGCAACAUUCAACAAUCAACAAUGGUUUGA